AUGUCGUUCUCUAGCCUCGUCCACGACCUCUCACUGCGCGACACGGGCGCACCAAGGAGGCGCGGCGACGCCUCGGUGUCUACAGUCGACGACCGCGCGUCCCGCAUCUCGACGGCGAAGUCAUACACGAGCACGGCUGCUACGAGUGUGAGCAUCUCCGGGGACAUCAGCAGCCAACUCCACGCCGGCUACAGCCACCCGCUCGCGAGGUCAUGGCAGGCCGAGCGACAACUCACCAAGUCGAUGCUCAUCUACCCUCUAUUCAUCUCGGACCAGGAUGACGAGGAGGUCCUCAUUCCUUCCCUACCAGGGCAAUGCCGCCGCGGAAUCAACAAGUUGGUACCUUUCCUCGAGCCCCUCGUCCACAAGGGGCUGCGGUCCGUCAUCCUCUUCGGCGUGCCGGUAGCGCCAGGCGUGAAAGACGCAUUGGGAACGGCCGCCGACGAUCCGGAAGGCCCGGUUAUCCGCAGCAUCCGGCUCCUGCGACAGCGGUUCCCGCACCUGUACAUCGUCUGUGACGUCUGCCUCUGCGAGUACACCUCCCACGGGCACUGCGGCAUUCUCCGCGAUGACGGAAGUCUCAACAACCAACUCUCAGUCGACCGCAUCUCAGACGUGGCCAUCGCGUACGCGCGCGCGGGCGCCCACUGCGUCGCGCCGUCCGACAUGAACGACGGGCGGAUCCGCGCCAUCAAGCUCAAGCUGAUCGAGGAGGGCAUCGCGCACAACGUCACGCUGAUGUCGUACGCCGCCAAGUUCUCCGGGUGUCUGUACGGGCCGUUCCGCGACGCCGCUGGCUCGGUGCCCUCGUUCGGCGACCGCAAGUGCUACCAGCUGCCCCCCGGCGGCCGGGGCCUGGCGCGCCGCGCCAUCGUGCGCGACAUCAACGAGGGCGCCGACAUCAUCAUGGUCAAGCCCGCCGGCCAGUACCUGGAUAUUAUUGCUGAUGCCAAGGAGCUGGGCAGGGACCUGCCCAUUGCUGCGUACCAGGUCAGCGGCGAGUUUGCCAUGAUCCAUGCUGGUGCCAAGGCCGGCGUGUUUGACCUCAAGGCCAUGGCCUUUGAAAGCACCGAGGGUAUCCUCCGGGCGGGUGCGACUAUCAUCGUCAGCUAUUUUGUCCCGGAGUUCCUGGACUGGCUGUCCGACUGA